CAAUUCUGUCGAGUUUCGACCCUACCUACCAAUACAAGACGAACUUGUGGGUGUUCGUUGGGUAUGAUCGCAUUUGCAUAGCCGCUCUGUGCGCCCAGACCAACGUUCAGCUCGACUCGCUCGUUCAAGUAUAUGGCGCAAAAGCGCCGGUAUAGUCUUUCGGUAUCUGUUUGUCUCUCGAAGCUUCCAAUUGCACAAGAUGGCCGCCAUUUCGAAAGAUUUUCUUGAGGUUGGCGAUGAUAUUCCUUCUGCCAGACAGCAACGUUCGCGCUCGAGCGGCCAUGUGGAUCGUAUCGAAGAGCUGGAGCGACUCGAAAGGCGUGAGCGCGAGCAGAAAAUGAAGAAAUACUAUGACAACACCAGGUAUUCCUCCAUCUUGCACCAACGAACAAGAUCCGACCACCUCAGCGUUCCAAUCUGGGAGACGAAUCGGAGACCUCGAUCCAGCGAAAGAACUGAACAGCGACGCGAGGAGACGCCUCGAGAUUACCGCGUGGAGGAAGUCAGGCCCGGCCCACAGCCGUACAAGUACGAUCUGAAAACUGAGCCUGUCUUACCAAGCCAGCUUCCGGUGCCAAUCAGAGGAAGAUCUUCGCAGCCAGAGAGGCCGACAGUCAAAGUCCCUCCCGUGAUCAUCCAGGAAAACCCGCCGUCACCGAAGAAGACCUCAGGUAGAAACCUGAAGAGAAGUCCCGGUGCAAGCCCGCAUUCGCCUACUGCACAGCCAGAGUUACAGUUCCAGUAUGACACGCUGCAAAGCAAGCUGACUCAAAUCUGCAACUCGUGCGUACCGUACCUAGAAGUGGAGCCAGCGAAUCCCCAAGACUUGACGUUUGCCAAGAUUCGAGAGACUAUCGAGGGUUUUGCAGAGGACCUGCACAUCUGGAGCCAUAUCGCGAACCUGGACGGACUGGCUAGAAUCGACAAGAACAUGCGUCAUCUGGUGGACGCUGCUUCGGACACCUUGCACCGACUGCUAGAGCGAGCAACGGAGCUACGUGAAGCUUGCGCCACGGCCAAACCUAAGGACCUGAAGAUGCAGCCGUUGGAUGGGAUAGAUGACGACGAUGACGACGAUGACGAUGAUGACUUUGAGUUGUAUGACGAUGGUGAUGGUGCAGUAAGCGUCGAAGACCCGACAGAAGCUCCAGGCUUCGUGAUCCACUCGCUGCUUCACAGCAUUGGAAUGCAGAUACGGCACCUGAAGCUUUUGUCUCCUUCGUUGCAGGAAGCAACUCCAGAUCUGCAGGAUGAGAUGGUAAAUGUCACCAGACUGGUGAAGGAAGCAGGGAAGUUUUUUGGUUCCGAUGCUGCGUUGAGACAGUAUUCGAUCGAUCCGAAGUUCGCAGGACACAAGGCGUUCGUCGAAGCACGUUAUUCAGCCGGCGUUGUGUGA